UCGUGUUUGGAGAAGACUUUAGAGGAUGUGGAGCUGAAAGCAGAGAGAAGAAGAGUGAAGUGUAGAAGGAAGAAGAAGAGAGUUCUGGUUUGUGAGAAAUGGCGAGGUCUACCACCAAGGAUGCCCAGGACCUUUUCCGUGCUCUUUGGUCUGCGUAUUCUUCAACCCCCACAAAUCUCAAGAUCAUUGAUGUGUACGUCGCCUUCGCCGUCUUCACCGCUCUCAUCCAGGUAGCUUAUGUGGCUCUUGUGGGAUCAUUUCCAUUUAACUCCUUCCUUUCAGGAGUACUUUCUUGCAUAGGGACUGCAGUUCUUGCUGUCUGUCUUCGGAUUCAAGUGAAUAAAGAGAAUAAGGAGUUCAAGGAUCUUGCACCGGAGCGUGCUUUUGCAGAUUUUGUUCUCUGCAAUUUGGUGCUCCAUUUGGUGAUCAUGAACUUCCUUGGUUAAAUUGGGUUCAUGUGGCUUUUGUUGUUUUCAAGAGAACCCUCGGAUGAUAAAAAUGAGUAGUAUUAUACCUGGAUUUUUGCAAUAGUGUUUACAAACAGUCACUAGCAUUUAACUGAUUACUUCAUUUUGCAA